CAUUCGACACUAAACUGGCUUUUAGAAUGAUAAACAAGUGGAAAGUGUUUGAUUCAAUAAUUACAGGUAUAAGGUCCAAUGCAGCGCUACGACCAAUCAAUUGGCAUUCCCAGUUGAGUAGCUGUUGGCGAAGGUUCGAUUGGAAAUAUAGUAAAAUGGAUGGCGAAAGUGAUACUACUGCUUCGAUUGUCGAUGGCGUUCGCAUGAGGUUAAUGGACGAUUGGAAGAUUCUGCAGCAUGUCUUUAAGCUGGUGCAACGGGAGGAGACUUUAUGUGCCGAUCCCCAACAGUGGCAGCAACAGAAAAUAGUCGACUUUAUGCAGCCGGACGAACUGAAGAAACAUAUUAAUCUGACUAUCAAGGAAAAGGAAACAUCCACACUCUCCGACAUUGAGCUGAUCUGUCAACAAGUGAUUAAAUAUUCUGUGAAAACCUCACAUGGACGCUUCCACAAUCAACUAUUUGGUCAAAUGGAUCCUUUUGGAUUGGCAGGCGCCUGGUUGACUGAGGCAUUGAACACAAGCUCAUACACUUUCGAGGUUGCGCCUGUCUUUAGCCUUAUCGAGACUGAGGUCAUAUCUGCGGUCUGUAGAUUAGCCGGUUAUAGUCAUGGUGAUGGCAUAUUCGCACCUGGCGGCUCUUCUUCAAAUAUGUACGGUCUGGUUCUGGCUCGGUAUAAGCGCAUUCCAACAGUCAAAUCUUCAGGCAUGUUUGGUAUUCGACCUCUUGUUAUCUUCACCUCAGAGGAUUCGCACUACAGUCUGAAGAAAGCUGCACACUGGUUGGGUAUUGGGGCCGAUAAUUGCAUAGCUGUGCGCACCAAUGCUAAAGGACAAAUGGCUUUAGACGAUCUGGAAGAGAAGAUAAAAGCAGCCAAGAAAUGCGGACGUGAUCCAUUCUUUAUUAAUGCAACGGCUGGUACAACUGUACUGGGUGCCUUUGAUAACUUGGACGGCAUUGCCGAUGUGGCCCAACGUUAUGGCCUCUGGAUGCAUGUGGACGCCUGUCUAGGUGGUGCUGCAUUGCUCGCCUACAAGCAUCGCUCGCUGCUGAAGGGGCUACAACGCGCCAACUCAUUUGCCUGGAAUCCACACAAGACACUUGGCGUUCCGUUACAGUGCUCUUUAUUCCUCACUAGUGAAUCCGACUUGUUGGCACGCUGCAACAGCAUUGAAGUCAACUACCUUUUCCAACAGGAUAAGUUCUAUGACGUUUCUUACGACUCCGGCAACAAGAGCAUCCAGUGCGGUCGUAAGAUAGAUGCCUUCAAGUUUUGGCUAAUGCUCAAGGCCCGUGGCUACGGACAAUAUGGACAUUUGGUUGAUCAUGCUAUUGAAAUGGCGCGCUUGCUAGAGCAGAAGCUGCGCGCACGUCCUGAUCGAUUCAGACUUGUCCUCGAUCAACACGAAUACUCUAAUGUUUGCUUUUGGUACAUUCCAAAAUCGAUGCGGGUGCAGAGCUCUGAGGAGAAUGAUGAUUGGUGGGCGCAUCUGUAUACCAUUGCACCAAAGAUCAAGGAGCAAAUGGCAUAUAAGGGCACCUUGAUGGUUGGCUAUUCACCGCUCAGUAGCCGCCAGUUGGGAAACUUUUUCCGUAUGGUGUUCACUUGCUUUCCCGUACUCCAAGCUGAAGAGUUGGAUAUAAUGUUGGACGAAAUCGAACGUCUGGGCGAGCUCUGCUGAAAUGCAUAUUUGAUUAGAAAUUUUUUUAUGAUCUGUCAAUACUUUACCCAAACA